GAGUAAUAAAACAUGAGGAGAAAGCAGAAAUAGAAAUAAUUCACCCAUCACCACCUCCAGGAGAUCCUUUGUGAAAACACAUAGGGACAUCGUCACCAAACUUUGAAAAUCUCAGAUCAAAGAGAAAAUUUUCAAGAAACAAGAAAUAACCAAUAGAAAUAAGCUAGAGCUACAAUUAGAAUGGUAAAGUCCUAAUGAGCAGCCACAAUUAAUGACCCCAGGUGCUGCAAUCACAUCUACUUACUGACAAUCAAAGAAACAAGCCUGAGGCUUCAUCAUGUAGAAUCAUCAUAUAGAGAGAGCAAAAUUAUCUCUAAUAUUCAACCAGAAGAAAUAGAGAUUCAAGGAAAUUGCAGAUUUUCAAGGCUUUUUAUGGUGCAGUCCCGGCCCUGGCGUCCCUAUAAAAGGAGGACUACUAGGCCGGCUACCUGUCAGAGCGAGCUAGACAGCGCCCAGAUCGGACGUGUUCAGACUUGCUCUUUGGACAUUGCGGUAUUUUGGCGUUUCCAGCCCGGAGUACCAGAAAGGUGAGAUCGGCGAAUUUCUGGGUGAGUAGCGGGGACCCCAGCCCUUGGUAGCUAGAUCGCUAGGGGAGCUUUCUGCGCCUGCUCUUCCCAUCCGGGGGGAGCACUCUUCAGCCCAACCCAACCAGACAGACUCCAGCCAUCUCGGCCCGCGCCACCCCGCGCCGCUUUAGCCCUGUCACUCUCCUUUCCUUAGCCUGUUGCUUCUUGUCCUGGGGAGGAUGAGCCGGGAACCUAAGGCCCGAGGGAAGGUUCAGAGGGAGGUGGGAGACAUGGUACCCACGCCAUCCGAGCCUAAGGAGAAAACGGCCUCUCAGCGGGAGUUUGAAGGCCUCGGCCUGGCAAUUCGCCACCACGGAGGCCAGGGCCAAGCCCUGUCCGCCAAGGCGGCAGCUUUCCGGGCAUGGACGCCCUGGGCUUCCUGGAGCCCCGCGGGAGCCCCAGACCCUGGAUGCCGCCGCCUUCCUUCCCCCCAGAAGCCAGAAGGGGAUAGAAGCGACUGCAAGACGCAGGUGCUGCGUCACAUUCUUUCUUUGGCGGGCGAGCGACAAGCGCAGCUGGCCGGCCUGCUGUCCGGCCCCGCGGUCAGUCGGGAGGACCUGGACAAGGCAGCUCGGCACAGGGCCGAGCUGCUGGGUCACUACCAAAGGGUCAUCCUGGCCGACGUGGUGUUCUCGGAGGAGCACCGCGUCAGCCAGCGCCUCUGGAAGCACGCCUUCCACCAGGUGAUCGAGAAGCUGGGGCACCUCCUGCAGCAGCCCAGUGCUCUGCCCCCAGAGCACGUCGCCCCCAGGUUCUGGGCCGUCCUGGACGAGGGCACCCCGUUCUUGCAGAGUUUGCUGGAAAAACUCCAGAAGCGAUACCGGUUCCAGCUGCGGGAGCCCCCCACUCGUGGGUCGGCCUUUGGACACCAGCCCUCGGAGGAACCCUUGAAGUCGGCCUUGGCCUGUGGCCAGAAGCUGCUCCUGUGCCUGGGAGAUCUUGAUCGGCACCUGCAGCAAGCCCAGGGCUCCGCAGACUUUGGCACAGCCCGAAGCUGGUACCUGCAAGCUCUGCAGCUUGAUCCCUCAGACCCGCAGCCCUACAACCAGCUGGCCUUGUUGGCGGCGUCUACCAAGAGGAAACUGGACGCCAUUUGCUACUGGAUGCGAAGCUUAGGUACAGGGAGACCGAGCAUUUGCAGCGAGAAGAACCUCAGGAAACUCUUUGCAGCCCUGGGACGCCAGGCAGAAGACAGAGGCCGGGGGAGCAGCGGCAGCAGUGCGCGGGCUGGCGAUCUUGGGCAAGCUUUCACGCGCACUUUUCUCCAAGUUCACGCGCGACUCUUUACCGGGACAGGGAUGGAGACAUUUCGGGCGGCGGCGGAGGAGGUGCUGGAGAAGUUCCAGCUCCUGCUUCGCAAGAGUCCCGCUUCUCUGGCAAAGCAGCAGAUGCUCCUCCACCUCCUGACCAUCAACAUGUUCGCUGUGCACAACUCCCAGCAGCAGGAGGGGCCCUCGGCGCCCUGGGCCCCUUUGGUCCAGGGAGAGGCUACUUGCCUGGCGCUGGCCAUGUUCGCGCUGCUGCUGCGCUGCUGCACCCACUGGCUUCAGCGAUGCCCCUCAGCUGGGGGGCCCCCUGCGGAGGGUGAGGGUCAGCCUGGGGCGAUCCUGGUUUCCUCCUUCGGUCCCGUCCUCGGAGCCCUGCUCCCCAGUGUGAAGAUCUGUUGCGAAUGGAUCCUGCUCUGGAGAAGCAGCUGGGAGCCGGCCAGUAGCAGCCCGAAGGCCGCAGGACGCGUUGCCCGGGACCUUUGGGGGAGUCUCCAUCGUUUACGCCAAAGCCUGCUGAUGGUCGACACUUCCGAGGUGCCCCUGUACGGGCAGCCCGGCGACGACCUGGCCCUGCUCCUCCUGGAGGAGGAUCAGCUCUUCUCAGGCUUCGCUCCGUUACUGGGUGCUCCCCGAGAGCCCUGCUACUACCGGAGCACAAAGUCAGAGGAGGCCAUGGCAGCGAACUGCCGGCGAGUUAACUUGCUGAAGGACUUGCUGGAAUCGCUUUGCGGCCCAGAGAAGCCCCUCUGGGCAUCCCCGGAUGGCCAAGACUGCGGGCCGGCAGCCGCUGCAGACUCAGCCAGAGAGCAAAGGCAACUCCAUCAGGAAGACAGGAAAGUGUUCAGGGCAGACGCGUGGGAGGAAGCCCCUGGAGCUCCUGACCAAGCUCCUGAGGAGCUGAAGGUAAAGAAGCUGCUAGUGGCCCAUGAGCUAGCAGCAGAGCAGCGGCGUCUUGCCAGAAUCCAGGCUAUUCUGCUUGGCCCGACCCAGGAGAGGCAGCUGGGGGAAGAGCCCCGCCCCAGGUGCCUGGUCCUGGACACCAAUAGUUUCCUUCUGCAGCUAGACACCAUGAGCCAGCUGUUGGAGGAGACGAGCCUCACAGUGCUGGUACCCCUGGUGGUAAUCCUUGAGCUCAAGGGCCUGGCCAAGGGGGAACAGGGAAACCCGAUGGGCAGGACCCCUUCCUCUAGGCCUCGGCAGAGGACCCAGAGGGCCCAGAGGGCCCUUGACUUCCUGGAGCAGCACUUUCCACUCUCUAAUGGUCGACUCAAGGUCCUCAGCAGUCAAGGGCAAGAGCUGCAAAGCAUUGACUGUGACCAGAAGAACAUCAUCUGGCUGCACGGAAAUUUGGACGACCACAUCCUGGCCUGCUGCCUCAACUACCAGAGAGCUCAGACCCACAACAACAUGCCUUCCUGGGACGACCAGCCAAUCCAGCUCCAUCCGGGGGACCUGGCUUUGCUCACAGAAGAUCGCACCCUUCGCGUGAAGGCACUGGCCUCCAAGGUGCCUGUGUGGGACAAGGAGACGUUCCUCCAAGAAAUGAAGCAUUUGCAGCCUCCUCCUCUGUAGAGGGCCAGGAGGGAAGAAUGCAUCCCAGAUUUUAAAUGUUACCCUAACUAGCCUCAUCACUAUGUCUUUUCCUUAUUAAUAGCACAGGCGUGCUUGGCUGUUGGAGUCCAGCUCCUGUAGUGAGAUGAAGGAUGGGACAAUAUACCAAGGCCAGCUCGUGAUGUCCUUUUUAUGGACUCUUGGAUGUUUAUUGAUCAGAGAGACAAAUAUAUGUAUCAAAUGCUCAUAGUUUUGAUACAGAGUACACUCUUUUAAAAGUCCUCUAGCCUAACAAAAUCUUCUAUGAUGUCAAAUAUGAAACUGCUUAAGCCCCAGAUCUUGUUUACUGAGACAGAGAUGGAAACAGUUGAGAUCCACAUCAGAGUAAAGUUUAUUAUAGCUUUGUCUCUGGGAGAAAAAUACCAGAGACAAAGCUAUAAUAAACUUUAUCUUUCUCCCAAAUACCUUUAGGCUCCUUGUGGACAUUCUCUCCUGUUCUAAAUUUCAAAAUUUAGCUUUUAAUCCAAAAAGUAGUGCUUGCAUUUUGCUUCAAUCACUAGAUUAUUAAUUUCUUAUCUUGAAAGCAGUCUCUUAUUCCAAUAAGGGAGUUUUGUUGAGCCAAGUGACUGUAAGCUCUCAAACCUGGCAUGGAGUCUUCCCUCCUGGCAUGUUUUUGCAAACACAAUUGAACAGAUUAAAGCUAAACCUUUGAACUUGGGACAGGAAAGAAGGUUCACAAAGAGACUAAAGGUAUUUGGGAAUAAGAUACCGGAGACAACAGUAUAAUAAACUUUACUCUGAUGCGGAUCUCAGCUAUUUACAUCUCUGUCUCAGUAAGCAAGAUCUGGGGCUUAAGGGGUUUAAUCGUGUAAAUCAUAGUAGAUUUUGUUAGGCUAGAGGAAUUUUCAAAGAGAUUACUUUGUAUCGAAACUACGGGCAUUUGAGGUAUAUAUAUUAUCUCUCUGAUCACUAAACUUCGAAGAGCCCAUAAUGGAGACUCUCCCUGCCUGGUCCUGGGAAAGGCACACCUUUCAUCUCGCUACAAGAGCUGAACUCCACUGUUGGAACUACGCCUGGAACAGGGCCGGAGCCUUGCAUGAGUGGAAAUUCACACAAGUGAACAGCGCUUCCAUGGAAGAUUGCCCUCUUCCACACAGUUGUGCUAUUCAGGUAAGUGGGGAAUUAAAUAAUAAAAAGUGAGAAUAAAAUGGAGGGGGGAGGGGGAAAGUGAUCACCAACAGGCAUUGUAUCCAUAGAAAUAAUUUAGCAUUAGAAAUAGUUUAUCACCAAGAUGAUAUAGGAGAAAGGUAUCAAAUGUAUCCUAUCAGAUAGCAUAAUAAGAUAAAAUUUGUAAG